CAUAUUGGUUUUGAGAAAAGGAUAUUUGCAUUUUCAGAGUCUGAGAGACACCCAAAUAUUACACUUGCUCUCUCAAGUGCAAUUGCAAAAACAAUUAGAGUUCAUGUUAAAGGAAAUAGCACAAGUCAAUCAAGCAAUAUCAUUGACUCAAGAAUCCAGAUUGAUAAAAUUGUUGAAUUCUUACCUUCCAGUCCUAGUAACAUUGAAGUAGUCUCGUUUAACAUAAGAGAUGAUAAUGUUGGAACUGAAGAUUUGGAGAGUUUUGCUGUUACAGCUUCUCUUGUUGAUGCAACUGAUGAGAGGAUCAUACUGGGAUCACCUACCCUCCACAAAAAUGCUAUAAUAAGCAUUAGAGAUGAUGAAGAAAUCGUUGUGGAAAUGGAGACAUCAGAGAUAAGAAUUAAUGAAACUGCACCUGCUGUGAAUGUCUGUGCUGCUCUCUCUUCCCCUGCAGUCAAAGAAAUAUCUAUUACCUUCUCUACAACCUCAGUCACUGCCAAUGAUCCCAAUGAUUACGUUGGUGGAGUACAAUUGAAGACUUUCCAGCCAGGGGAGACAAGAGUUUGUGCUUCAUAUGCUCUUGUACCAGAUAAUGAAGAGGAGAGGGACGAGUCUUUUACCGUUUCCCUUAGUAGAUUGGCUCCAUCUCUCUCUCCUAGCAUUUUAAGAAUAGGAACACGUGAUUCUGCCACAGUCACCAUACUUGAUCAAAGGAUAGAGGCCGAAGAGCCAAGAUGCAUGAGGGAGAUUGAUAUGGUGUUCAUUCUUGAUUCGUCUGGUAGUGUUGGGCCAUCCAAUUUCAUUGCAAUGGUCCGGUUUGUCGCAGACGUUGCAAAGAAAUUCAAAUUUGGGCCCGGCGGAGCGAGAUUCGGCGUCGUCACUUUCUCAGGUGUAGUCUCGCUGGAUAUUCCACUUGGCCGACACUCAAACCCUGCCUCGUUCUACAUAGAAGUAAUGAACCUACCUUAUAAGGCAAGGACUACAAACACUGCUGAGGCCAUAGAGACAGGGAGAGAGGAGCUCUUGCAAAAUGGCCGAGCAGGAGUACCAAAAGUUAUAAUUCUAUUUACUGAUGGCCGUUCUGACGACCCUGCAGCAACUUUUCAAGAAGCUCUGGAAACUAAAAAUGAGGGGAUUCGUAUAUUAAGCAUUGGUAUAGGACCACAGAUUGAUACCGAAGAGUUGAAUGGAAUUGCUAACGUUCCUAGUAUUGACAAUGUCUUCCUUAUUUCCAAUUUCUCAAGGGAACAAUUUGUAACUAUAUUGGGACCAAUUAUAAGAGAAACUUGUGAGGUGACGAUCGGGUUUGCAAAGCCUCGUUACACAGUCGCUGAGAAUGGCUCUUUUGUUGACGUGUCUUUUGGCAUUUUAAAUGGGACACUGAACAGACAGGUGGAUGUACAGUUUUCAUUUAUAGAUGGAACAGCUACAAGUGAUGAUGAUUACACUGGUGUAAUGAAAACCUACACUCUAAACCCAACACAACCAAUGACCACUGCACGGUUUAACAUAAUGAACGAUGCUGUCCCAGAGACACUGGAGUUCUUCACUGCCUCGAUAAGAGCAGAUGAUGAAUUUGUUAAAGUUACAAGACCAAGCACCAGAAUAGGAAUCACUGAUGAUGAUACUCAAGCCUGUGGAGUAAAGAUAGACAUGAUGAUACUUAUGGAUUCCUCUGCCAGCAUUCUUCCAGACGACUUUAACUCCAUCAAAAGAUUCGUUGCCCAAUUCACCAGCGAGUUCCCAAUCGGUACAGGUCAGGCUCAAUUCGGCAUCGUUACUUUUAGCACCGACGCUUACCUCAGCAUCAAACUGGGAGAGUUUGACUCACAAAAUGAACUAACUCAAGCUAUAAGUGGUAUACAGCAAAAGCCCGGACUCACUAAUACUGCAGAGGCGUUGAGGAUAGCUAGAGAAGAAUUAUUAAAGAAUGGUCGAGAGAGUGUUCCUCGUGCUGUACUAAUUGUGACAGAUGGUCAGUCAAACGAUCCUGACCUCACCGUACAGGAAGCUGCUACUACAAGAGCUAAUGGUGUUGAUAUAUACGCUAUUGGUAUCGGUAGUAGCAUUGAUGAGGAUGAGUUGAAUGCUGUUGCUAGUGACCCUGAUAGUAAGCAUGUCUCUCUCCUUCAAGAUUAUUCUGAGAGUUUCUUUAAUUCACUGCUCAAGCCACUGGCCGAGAGGGUUUGUGAGCCAACUUGUCAAAGAAAGAUGGACUUCAUGUUCGUCGUUGAUUCCUCAAGCUCCAUCACUCCGACCGACUUCAACGUACAAAAAGAAUUCCUCACAGAAAUAGUUAAGCAAUACAACUCGUCAGAGACGGCAAACUUUGGCUUAGUCCGAUUUAGCUCUAGCGCCUCUGUUGUCAUAGAGCUAGCAAGUGUUAGCGGAGAAGAAUUAAUAUCUGCCAUUAGCGCUGUACCUUAUCAACCAGGAAGCACUAACACUGCAGCUGGUAUAAGACUAGCCAUGCAGCAGUUCUUACUCAAUGGAAGAUCACAAGUACCGCAAGUAAUGAUCGUGUUGACUGAUGGAGCCUCUAAUGAUUUCGAU